UAACCCCCCCUCCCCGGCUGUGCUCUCUCUCUCUCUCCAGGUGGCCCGUGGGCUGCUGAGCCCUGCGCGCGGGGCGGGGAGAGGCGCGGCGGGGUGCGCGUGCGACGGGGCCCCGCGGCGACGGACCAUGACUAUGACCCUCCACACCAAAGCUUCGGGAAUGGCCCUGCUGCACCAGAUCCAAGGCAACGAGCUGGAGCCCCUCAACCGCCCGCAGCUCAAGAUGUCCCUGGAGCGGCCCCUGGGCGACCUCUCCUACGUGGACGGCGGCGGCAAGCCCGCCGUGUUCAACUACCCCGAGGGCGCCGCCGCCGCGUACGAGUUCAACGCCGCGGCCGCCUCCGCGCCUGCGGUCUACGGCCAGGCCAGCCUCACCUACGGCCCCGGGUCCGAGGCGGCGGCGGCCGCAGCGGCGGCGGCGGCGUUCGGAGCCAACGGCCUGGGGGGCUUCCCCCAGCUCAACAGCGUGUCUCCCAGCCCCCUGAUGCUGCUGCACCCGCCGCCGCAGCUCUCGCCCUUCCUGCACCCGCACGGCCAGCAGAUGCCCUACUACCUGGACAACGAGCCAAGCGGCUACGCGGGGCGCGAGCCGGGCCCGCCCGCCUUCUACAGGCCAAGUUCAGAUAAUCGACGGCAGAGCAGCCGAGAGAGACUGGGCAGCAGCAGCGACAAGGGAAACUUGGCAAUGGAGUCUGCCAAGGAGACGCGCUACUGCGCAGUGUGCAAUGACUACGCCUCUGGCUACCAUUAUGGAGUCUGGUCCUGUGAAGGCUGUAAGGCCUUCUUCAAGAGAAGUAUCCAAGGGCAUAAUGACUACAUGUGUCCUGCGACCAAUCAAUGCACCAUUGACAAAAACAGGAGGAAGAGCUGCCAGGCCUGUCGACUCCGCAAGUGCUACGAAGUGGGGAUGAUGAAAGGAGGCAUUCGGAAAGACAGAAGAGGAGGGAGAAUGUUGAAACACAAGCGCCAGAGAGAUGACGUGGAGGGCAGGAAUGAAGUGGGGCCCUCGGGAGACAUGAGAGCUGCCAACCUGUGGCCCAGCCCCCUGGUGAUUAAGCACACGAAGAAGAACAGCCCAGCCUUGUCCCUGACAGCCGAUCAGAUGGUCAGUGCCUUGUUGGAGGCUGAGCCCCCCAUCAUCUAUUCUGAGUACGAUCCUUCUAGACCCUUCAGUGAAGCUUCCAUGAUGGGCUUGUUGACCAACCUGGCGGACAGGGAGCUGGUUCACAUGAUCAACUGGGCAAAGAGAGUGCCAGGCUUUGGGGAUUUGAACCUUCACGACCAGGUCCAUCUUCUGGAGUGUGCCUGGCUAGAGAUUCUGAUGAUCGGCCUAGUCUGGCGCUCCAUGGAGCACCCAGGGAAGCUCCUGUUUGCUCCUAACUUGCUCUUGGACAGGAAUCAGGGUAAAUGUGUAGAGGGCAUGGUGGAGAUCUUUGACAUGUUGCUGGCCACGUCGACUCGGUUCCGUAUGAUGAAUCUGCAGGGAGAGGAGUUUGUGUGCCUCAAAUCUAUCAUUUUGCUUAAUUCUGGCGUGUACACCUUUCUGUCCAGCACCCUGAAGUCUCUGGAAGAGAAGGACCAUAUCCACCGGGUCCUGGACAAGAUCACAGACACCUUGAUCCACCUGAUGGCCAAAGCGGGCCUGACACUGCAGCAGCAGCACCGGCGGCUGGCCCAGCUCCUCCUCAUCCUCUCCCACAUCCGCCAUAUGAGUAACAAAGGCAUGGAGCAUUUGUACAGCAUGAAGUGCAAGAACGUGGUGCCCCUGUACGAUCUGCUCCUGGAGAUGCUGGAUGCCCACCGACUGCACGCCCCUGCCAGCCGCCAGGGGGUGGCCCCGGAGGAGCCCAUGCAGAGCCAGCUGACCGCCAACGGCUCUGCUUCUGCACACUCCUUGCAAACAUACUACAUCUCCCAGGAGGCAGAGAGUUUCUCCAACACCAUGUGAGAACUCCUGGGAGCCCCCUCCCCAGGUUCUGAGAAUCCCUGUCGCAUUUUACCCACGUCAUGCAUCACUUUCACAGAAAUUCUGUCUCCUGCAUACACUCCGGCAUGCAUCUGCCACCCGUGGCUUUCUAGUAUGAGUGGCCAUUCAUUUGCUUGCUCAGUUCUUAGUGACAUGUCUUCUGUUGGGAACAGCCAAAGGGAUUCCAGGGCUAACUCUUUGGUAACAGCUCUCUCCCCCUCUUUGCUACAUGAUUAAGAAUGAGGAUUCUUGUAGUGCGCUUCAUGACUGAACUCAGCCUGUGAGAUGUCUGUGGACUGAAGUUUACUAGUUGAGACCCACACCUGGAGAGUAGACAUUUCACCUCCAAUAAGCACUUUGUAAUGGCUCCAAACUAAGCCUCAGGACAGAAUUGAAUGGCUCCUUUAAUUGACACCAUGGAGGAAGAAAGCUAGCUCCAGGCUUCCUCAUGGGCAUGUUGUAUUCCUAUGGUAACCUGUCACUUGUGAAAACGAUUAAGGGACACCUCGAUCGUUUUCACUAAAUGGCUUGGGUGUAGCAGCAUGCUUGGUGAACCCCGAUUCAUUUCUCCCCAUAGGAAUACAAGAUGCACACAGGGAAGGAAGAUCCCCUUAUUCUCAAGACUAUGUCGGCUUAAUGCAUUGCACCUUCUUACCUUGCUGAAACCUACUGCUGGUUUUCCAGAGCACAGGGUUCCAGGUCAGCCUGGCUUUCCACAGACCUGCAGGAAACAGCAAGUUGAUUUCAGUUAAGGCAUACAAACCAGUCUCUUAAAAAAAAACAUUUUUUUGGCUAUUAUUUUUAUAAAAGAAAGCCUUUUUAGCUCCCAAGGACUUGGCAGUCAAAAACAGCUUCUGGACCUAUUCCAGCGGGGCUUUGGCAUUCACCACCAGAGGGCGCCCUACGUGGCUCGCCCAGCUAUGACUUCACACUGCAUUUUUCUCACAUAGAGGGAUGAAGGGCAGUUUCGAUUGAGCGAGGAGCACCUUAGUGAUGCUUUCUGUUGUUAUUGUUGUUUUGAUUUUAGGCUUGGGAAGCGGGGUUAACUAGUAACUGGGUGUGAUCCAUUGUGGGCUGCUAGAGAACAAGAAGGAAAGUAGGGGAGAAACUGGAUCAAACCAGGCUGCAGUUUCCCAGGGGUGCACACCCCAGGCAGCACAAUGCACAGAGGGCUUGCCCUGCAAGCAGCCGGUGGUCUGCCUCCCCUUCAUUUACCAUGUGGCCCUGAUGAUAGG